AGAGCUCAUAUCAAUGCGCAUAAGAUAAAGCUAUACCCCCAAGAGUUGCAACCUGCAAAAGGCAAACAGUUUUACAUGCUUCAAUCUUAGCGGCUAACAUGAGUGCUUAUAGGAAUUAUGCAAAUGAUAAUAGAGGUUUUCACGGCGAGCCCCCAGAUCAGUUCAUUCCAUCAAGACCAAGAGAACGAAACUCUUCUCAAGACGGCUUUCAUGGCAUUGGUUGGCAUUCAGUCAGCCAUGACUCUAGACAAAUGCAAACUAUGGGACAACCAUCACCAAUGUACAAUGAAAAUAUCCAGUUUGUAAUGGCACCAGGCUAUUAUGUACCUCCUGUAACAACGCAUGUCCCGUACGAACAUCCGGGAAAUAGAAUGCAAGUUCCAGCAGACCAAUAUUUAGUGAGAGAUUCCACAACAUCGAUGCCGACUGAAGAAAAUGACAGACCACGGGUGCAGCCUUCAAUAGAAGGAAUUAUUUUCAAACGCAUCAUCUCUUCAUUAUUUAUCAUACUUGAUAUUUGCCUUAACUGGAUGCAGUUUGGCUCAUGGGUCGGUCAUUUCGAAUUACCGGGCUGGUUAAGUUUUCUAGAAAUAGCAAAUAGUCUGAAGGUAAAAUCCCCAUUAAAGUCCCAAUGCGACGAGGGAUCCUUCGACCUUACAACGACCUUCGGCGUCUUUAUUGGCAUUGGAACCGCAUACGGCUUCGUUCGGAUAGUUAAUACGAUUGGAGAGACAAUUGUUGAAUACCAAAAACAAUAUCCUAGUGAAACUGAACCGCGGUGCAGAGGUUUCCAGAUUCUCCAUGGAUGGAUGGAGACAACACUCGCCAUUCUCUGCGAUGACUUGCCACAGGCUAUUCUGUUGGUCAUCUUUAGUUUGCAGUGUCAGGUCGAUCUUAUUUCCAUGGCAAAAGUCUUGGUUUGGAUGUUUAUCAAAGCACUGAAGAAUAAUAUUCGUAACAGUACAUGCAAGCAAAUCUAUAAGCCAUGCUGCGGCGAUUUUGAUUGCGAGAAUUGUUGUGUCGCCCGCUACGACUGCAUCUGUUGUUGCCAAGUACUCUAUCACAGACCGUGUGGUUGCUGCUGCAACAAGAAAUAUAUUGAAUGCGUAUCGUACGAUUUCUGUCUCGAUUGCACGUGCAAAAGAGAAGGAAGGUGUUGUGGUGAAAUCGACCGUGACCCGGAAUGGAUUUUGGGCCUUUUUGACAAGUUAGAAUUAUUAUAUAGCCUAUGUGUGGGUGCAAUUAUUGCUCUUUCAAUAGUAAAGCAUGUGGGCGUACUCGGGCAAAAUCUAAAUUUUUAAAAAUUACAGACAAACCUUCAAUAACUUCCUAACCAGGAAUAGGAAAAAAAACUUCAAAUGCUCGGACAUGAAUAUUUGUUGUGGAAACUGUUUACUUUUACUUGCUCGAAAUCAAAACCCUCACAAUGAUUACAGUAAAAAGAGUUGCUACUUUAAAUUUCAACAAACUUAGAAAGUCGCGUCUGUAUGUAUGUAGUCAUGAGGUUACGUUGUGUUCUUAAAUAUAUUAUAGAGAAAAUAAGGUAACCUGAAUUUUAUUAUUUAAAAACCCUGACUACUCGUAUAAGGAAGAAACUUAGCGAUUUAGUCCUUAUUUAAAGUUCUUUAUAAUACAACUCCGCUGCAACAAGUGCCGGGGUAUGAUUGGAGGGAGUAUGUGUGUUGUAAGGUGAAUGCAUGAGUAAUGUUGAACUGUUCAAUACAUCUAGUAAACAGAGGCUAUUAUUUCGCGUUGAUAGCAUACCAUGCUUCUGAAAGAUCUUUCUUUAGAUAUAUAUUUUUCUAUCACGUAGGAAGCCGUUUGGUUAACAAUAAAAAACAAAGACAAAAAUCAAACAGGGAAUGCCACGUACCAAAAACGCAGCCUCCCCAAAACGAAACCCACAGCACGCAGACGUGCACACCACAAACACACACAAACAUACUCGCACACAAAGCCAACACGAGGACAAAACGUACAAACAAAGGAACACAGUGGGGCACCGCCUUGGAACGGUCAGUGGCAAAAACACCGCUGGGGAGCUUAAACCGGUUUAUGGUGCGCACCUAACCUCACUCUUACAAAACUCGCACAGCAUGACAUUUGAAUGUCCGGUGAUGCGCUCUCUUUUUAAUACAUACUAAUAUUAAGGCAUAUGCUAGAUUUACGUAGAACCUCCCGUGAUUUUCAGUUCUGAAAAAGGUGAUAUCUACAACUUUGGUUCUCUGUAGAUUAACCGGUAUGUCACUAGUAGGUCGCUUCUGAAUAAACCAAGAAAAGGCAUUAACGUGGCAAAAACUAGAAAGUAUUCUGCACGAACUCGUGUUUGUCUCCGGCUAUGCAUUUAAAAGGUUUUUAAGUCAAACGAUUCGUGAACAAAGACAAUGUAAUAGGGGAUCCCCGCUAAUAUUUCAGCAAACAGGACCAAAUGAAUUAACCACUGUUCAAAACUCCUUUAUUUCAAAAAGUCAUGAAGACCGUAGAUUUCUCAUUCAACGUUGGUCUGUGUUAACGUUUAUAGGCAAUCAGGCAAGUGUGAUAUUCUUCUGUUUUGUCAACCUGUAAAAUAGAUAAGUGUACGUGCUUAAAAUUCGAUUAUGCAGAUUAAAUGUUUAUUCAGGUGCAGCUUUUUAUGCAAAGGAAGUAAGAACUGUCUUGUGACUGUUGUAAAUUAGUUUGAAGGAAGUAAAAACGUGUAUGAAUA